GGAGAGAGUUGUAUUUGAAAUAAUAUUCUUGAAUCUUGAUGCCGAAAGAAGUAGAGAGACACCGGAAUCUUGGGUUUACGAUAAGCGAGAAGUUUGAGUCUUUUUUAUUGUAAUCUGAAUCUACAUCUAUAUUUUCCUACAAUUUCGGAAACAAACUCAGAUUUCAUUUGACUCCCUACUCCAUUAAAUAUUCCUUGUUAUCCUUCUGAGUUAUAUAACUUGGUCCUAUUCCUGAGUAAAUAUUUGUAAGGAUCCUGAUGGCCAAGGACGGUGGUGGUAACAACGCCAUGGAAGAAGACUCAGAUGAAUGCCCCAUCAAACAAGUGGAUCUCACGGUACCCAAGACCGACGACCCGAACAUGCCGGUGGUGACGUUUCGGAUGUGGGUUUUGGGGCUACUCUUCUGUAUCCUAUUGUCGUUCGUCAACCAGUUCUACUGGUACCGGAAACAGCCGUUGAUGGUGACCUCCAUAUCCGCCCAGAUUGCGGUGCUUCCGCUUGGGAAAUUAAUGGCCAGGGUCUUACCGAAAAGGGUAUUCUUUCAGGGGACUAAACUUGAAUUCUCGAUGAAUCCAGGGCCCUUUAAUAUCAAGGAACACGUCUUGAUCACCAUAUUUGCUAAUGCCGGUGCUGGUACAGUUUAUGCAACUCAUAUUUUGAGUUCUGUCAAGCUCUUUUAUAAGAGGGAGCUCACCUUCAUACCUUCCUUCAUUCUCAUGCUUACUACUCAGCUGAUAGGAUAUGGGUGGGCCGGAAUUUUCAGGAAACAGCUGGUUGAGCCUGGAGGAAUGUGGUGGCCAUCAACUUUAGUUCAAGUCUCGUUAUUCAGAGCACUUCACGUAAAGGAGAAAAGACCGAGAGGAGGAGUAACCCGAACCCAGUUUUUCCUGAUCGCACUAACAUGCGCAUUCUCCUACUACAUCAUCCCUGGAUUCCUCUUCCCCAUGAUAACCGCCAUAUCUUGGGUCUGCUGGAUCGCACCCAAAUCCGUGCUAGUGAACCAACUCGGAUCUGGACUCAACGGGAUUGGGAUCGGAAGCUUCGCGUUGGACUGGUCAGCCAUCUCAGCUUACCUGGGAACUCCUUUAGUCAGUCCGUGGUUCGCAACUGCCAACGUUAUCGUUGGGUUCGUGUUCAUAAUGUAUGUGGUUACCCCACUUUGUUACUGGCUCAACCUUUACAAUGCCAAGAAUUUCCCCCUUUAUUCCAUGGAUACCUUUCAUCUGGAUGGUUCCCCUUACAAUACAAAUUCCAUUCUGGGCCCUAAUUUUAACCUGGAUAAAGAUGCGUAUCAGAAACAUGGACGACUUUAUAUGAGCACUUUCUUUGCGAUUAUGUAUGGUUUCGGAUUCGCUGCUCUUCCGGCUACCCUCGUCCAUGUCUUGCUCUAUAAUGGCAGGGAAAUAUGGAAGGAAACCAAGAAUGCGUUCAAUGAAAAGAGAAAGAUGGAUAUACACACAAAGCUAAUGAAGGUAUACAAGCAGGUGCCGCUGUGGUGGUUCCUAAUAAUACUAGCAUUGAGCCUUGGUGCUACACUGUUUGCGUGUAUGUAUUACAAUGACAUGCUUCAAUUGCCAUGGUGGGGUGUCUUGUUAGCUUGCGCCAUUGCUCUCAUUUACACCCUUCCUGUCGGAGUCAUUACUGCCACUACUAAUCAGACGCCAGGGCUGAACAUUAUUACGGAGUACAUAAUUGGGUAUGCAUAUCCAGGCCACCCUGUGGCUAAUAUGUGCUUUAAGGUCUAUGGAUAUAUCAGCAUGACUCAGGCCUUGACUUUCCUGUUAGAUUUCAAACUGGGUCACUAUAUGAAAAUCCCACCCAGAUCAAUGUUCAUGGCACAGGUUGUGGGCACGGUGGUAUCCGUCAUAGUCUACACAUUAACCGCAUGGUGGCUAAUGGGGUCGAUUCCGCACCUGUGCGACAAAUCCCAGCUGCCUGCGGACAGCGUGUGGACCUGUCCGAUGGACCACACAUUCUACACGGCCUCGAUCAUCUGGGGACUGGUGGGACCCCAGAGAAUCUUCGGAAACCUGGGAAUGUAUGCAAACGUGAACUGGUUCUUCCUCGGGGGCACCCUGGUGACGUUGAUGUCCUGGCUAGCCAUGAAGAUGUUCCCGAAACAGACGUGGAUGAGAUGGAUUAACAUGCCGGUCAUUCUGGGCGCCACCGCCAUGAUGCCACCGGCCAGCGCCGUGAAUUUCACGAGCUGGAUACUGGUGGCUUUCUUGUCCGGGUUUGUGGUUUUCAGGUAUUGGCCUAAGACUUGGGAGCGUUACAAUUAUGUGCUGUCUGGGGCGCUUGAUGCCGGGACGGCUUUUAUGACCAUUGCUAUGUUUUUUGGGCUGAGCUUUUUCGGGUCAGUGAGUUUGAAUUGGUGGGGAAGUUCGCCUGAUGGUUGUCCCUUGGCUUCUUGUCCUACUGCUAAAGGAAUUUCCGCAGAUGGCUGCCCCGUUUUCAGCUAAUUAGUACCUAGCUAGCUAGGUUAGGUCCAAUUUUAACAUUUGCUUUUUGCCAAUUUUUGUGUUGGUCAGUUAGGCUUGUGAAUUCUGAAUGGAAUUAGAUAGUAGAUUUCAGUUUCCUUCUUCACAGAUUGUAGGUAUCUGCAAGGUUCUUUUCUUUUUUCCUUUUAGAUAGUCAAGUUGGGCAAUCAUUAAUAUUUUUAAGCCAGAGAAGGCACCAAUACAAUUUCCAGUUGCUUGCUCAUUUUAGUUUUAGUUUUAGUUAUAAGGGCCCGGGGAUACUACUCCGUAUCUACACCCAAAAGAAAGAAAGAAAAGAAAUGUCUUGUUCACUUCGACCUGGAAUUCUACAUUGACGUUGUCACUAAACGACACUAUAUAACUUUUUCUUAUUCGUCUUACGAUCUCUCAUGAUAUCAUUCGUCUGACUUCAAUUAUACAAAUGUUUGGACAUAAAUUAUAUUAUUUAGUACAAACCUAUUUAUAACCAAAAAAAGACAAUUAAACUAGGCUGUUAUGAUGAUUUAUAAUAUCUUUUCAUGAUCUAGGAAGCAUUCCACAGAUUGAACUAGUCUCUAAAACGACAUAACUUCACCUUUUUUUUUAACCAAGUCAAGGAUCAUCUGAUUCGAUCCGAAAGUCUGAAAAUUCCCAAGAAACGAAAAUGAUUACAGGACUGAAUUGAACCCACGUCCGGCCAUAUGUAAGUUGACUUCCUGGCUUCAUGGGAAAUUCCGAUCGGUUAAGAAGUCAUGUAGCAGAAGCAAAUUAACCUGCGAAACACAAAAUGAUGAAAAACUAAAUGGUCAAUGGAGCACUUAAAUGUCACAAGUGGUACCCCUUGAGCUGAAAUCCAGCUGUCGCGUGGCACACAACACUCUGUGUUGGAACUGCAAAAAUGUUACAAGAUCAUCAUCCCCACCUAAUCAAACCGACUAUGCAAGAAAUUGCGAAUAAAUUACAAAGUGCCUCAAUAGCUCCAAAAUGAAUAUAUUUGUCAACGAUGGUUAUGAAAAUGGGUGUUAUGUACGUUCACUUACGGAGUCAAUCAGCUAGUAGCGGAGAUCAAUGGCGUCCGACGGUGGUUAUGAGAGUCAAUAUUCACUGAGAAGAUCAAUUAGCUCUUGAACUUGGCGAAACAUACAAGAGUGAUAUUGGUUCGGCUCAUGAUCUUCAAAUCUUGGGGGGUUGAAUUCUUGAUCAAAUUAUAACAGAAGAAUUAAUGAUCGUGAGCCGCAACCAAUAUCACACCUUGUCUACUUCUCCCAUGAAUCUAUAUAUGUGUAAUGUUAUAUCAUCUGGAUUUAUGGUAUCCACUCUUUGACACCUUCCCUCUUU